GGUGGGGGCGGGAGGGCCGGGAAUGGGCGCGGGAGGAUCAGGGAUGGGCGGGGGAGGGCCGGGAAUGGGAGGUAGACCGGGUGGGGGAAUGGGGGGCGCGGCGCAAGGUUUGGGUGGCGCGCCGCAGGGAUUGGGAGGCGCGGGUGGACUGGGCGGUGCGGGUGGAAUGGGCGCGGGCGCAGGAUCGGGACCGGGAGGCGUGGCGCCGAAUAGCCAUUCGCUCGCCGCCUUGCUCAAGUUGCCCGAGGGCAUCCCGAAGCCGACGAACGCGCAGAUCCAGGAGCUCCUGCACUCAAUCUCGCCUGCAGCGCGCGCGAAUUUCCAGAGGGCGUCGGGAGAGGAGAAGAAGAUGUUUAUGCAGCAGCUGGUGGUGCGACAUUACGUGUUGCAGCAGCAGAGGCAGAAGCAGCAGCAACAGCAACAGCAGCAGGGUGGGGGAGGUGGAGGUCUGGGUGCAAGUGGUGUGAUGGGCUCGGGUGGGGGUGGAGGUGGCGGGAUCGGCGGUGGCGGAGGUAUGGGUGGCUUGGGGGAUAACAUGAUGAAUUUCGGGAUGGGUGGCGGUGGUGGGGGCGGGUUCGGGCAGGCGAGGGGGUUCAAUGCGGACAUCAUGCAAAGCUUUGCACAGAGGAAUCCGGGGGGUGGGGAUGGUGGAGGAUUGUCAUGAUUGUGUACAGACCUUGCCUGGAUUUAUAAAUGUACACACUCCUUGACAUGAGCCUUGCCAGAACAAUUGUGUGGUGUUUCUUUGGAAAAUGUCACCAUGGUUGGGCUGUAUAAUUUGUUAUACCUUAUAACUAUAGUGAUGG